AUGAAAUACAUCAUGAAUUCUACAAGAAUAAUUAAUUUCAUGCACAAAAUACAAGCGCAAAAGUCAUUUUUGGUUAUUCGUGCAGAAAAGAUGGUGGUGACGGCAGCUUCUGUACGUCAACAGCUUGCAAAUUUAGCAUAUUGCGGAGGUUCUCAUAAAGAUCAAGCAGAAAAGUAUCGAGCAAUAUUGGAUUCAAUACUGUUGUCAUCCAGCGAAGAAGCGAUGGAUGCUUUGAAGAUAUUCAUUGAAGCAAUUGUAAAUGAAUAUGUAAGUUUGGUCAUUUCAAGACAAGUUUUAACAGAUGUUAGCAAUCGAUUAUUACUUUUACCUGAUGAAGUGUCAAUGGCUAUUUCACAUUAUACAUUAGAUAAGAUUCAACCAAGAGUUAUUUCAUUUGAAGAACAAGUUGCUAGUAUAAGACAACAUUUAGCAAAAAUUUAUGAACGUAAUCAAAAUUGGAGAGAAGCAGCUAAUGUUUUAGUUGGAAUACCAUUAGAAACAGGACAAAAGCAAUAUACAGUUGAUUACAAACUCGAAACUUAUCUUAAAAUUGCAAGAUUGUAUUUAGAAGAUGAUGAUCCAGUCCAAGCUGAAGCAUUUAUUAAUAGGGCAUCUCUUUUACAAGCUGAAUCAAAAAAUGAACAGUUACAAAUUUACUAUAAAGUUUGUUAUGCAAGAGUAUUAGAUUAUAGAAGAAAAUUUAUAGAAGCUGCUCAAAGAUAUAAUGAAUUAUCAUAUCGAUCUAUUAUACAUGAAGAUGAACGUAUGACUGCACUUAGAAAUGCAUUAAUUUGUACAGUAUUAGCUUCCGCAGGUCAACAAAGAAGUCGAAUGUUAGCUACAUUAUUUAAAGAUGAGCGCUGUCAGCAACUUCCUGCUUAUUCAAUUCUUGAAAAAAUGUAUCUAGAUCGUAUUAUUCGACGUUCCGAAUUACAAGAAUUUGAAGCCUUAUUACAACCACAUCAGAAAGCAAGUACGAUCGAUGGAUUAGGGUCAACUAUUCUUGAUCGUGCCGUUAUAGAACAUAACUUAUUAUCUGCUAGUAAAUUGUAUAAUAAUAUAACUUUUGAAGAAUUGGGUGCUUUGUUGGAAAUUCCACCGACAAAAGCAGAAAAAAUUGCUAGCCAAAUGAUCACAGAAGGUCGAAUGAAUGGUUAUAUCGAUCAAAUCGAUUCUAUUGUACAUUUUGAAACACGCGAAACUUUACCAACGUGGGAUAAACAAAUACAAUCUCUUUGCUAUCAAGUAAAUCAAAUAAUAGAAAAAAUUGCUCAAACUGAACCUGAAUGGAUAGCAAAAGCCAUGGAAGAUCAGAUGGUACAUUAAUAUAAAUUUUUUUUUAAUAUUAACAAUAUACAUACAAGAUUGAAACAAAAAUAUCAGAUAAAUAUUUGAUACAUACACAAUUAAAAAUAUAUUUGAAGGCAAUAAAGAUUGUUACUAUAACUCUAUAGUGAUGCUUAUGCAUUACAAAUGAAUCAUUAAUUUUAUGUAUGUUAAUAUGCAUGAAAUCAAUUUUUAUAUGAUCAAUAAAUAAAUUUUAAUUUUUCAUAAUAUAAACAAAAAAAUUAGAUUUCAUCAUUAUAGUUACUUUAUUAUUUAUAAAAUUCAAAAAUAAAAUAAAUAUAAAAUAUAGAAAAAAAUUUUUAUUGAUAAAAAACACUUAAAGUCAUUUGUUUAACAUUCACCUACAAUUGUUAUAAACUUCACGCAAAGCAUAUUCCAAUUAAAGGAAUAUUGUAAUUAUCUCAUGUAAAUAAAGCAUUCACACUGCAUAUAAAA